UUGGGAGCCAUUAGUCAUGUGGCGUGGUUGCCGCAAAUCUAGAAGGACUAAUGACGCUCGCAUUCUGGAAUUCAGCGUAACGAAUUGCGUAAAUUGGUGCAAGGAAACCAUAAACAUGCACCAAUUUUUCAAUGGGUACUCUGAAGGCCUCUUGGAUAGUGAAGGCCGGCCCAAAAUUUUGAAGUUGGAGGAUUGGCCUCCAACUGAAUCCUUUCAAGAACGGCUGCCUCGGCAUUUUGUGGAGUUCAUUAGAUGCUUGCCUUUCAAGCUAUACACGCAUCAAGAUGGCUACCUCAACAUGCCAGCGAAAACACCGAAGAAGUCGUUGAAGCCCGAUUUGGGUCCAAAAAUAUGCUUUGCUUAUGGAGUCAAUGAGGACCUUGGAUUCUGUUCUACAACCAAGCUUCAGUAUGCUCUUUCAGAUAUUGUACAUUUUUUUUCUGUUAUUAUCUCUCUUUAUUAACUUGAAUAUGUAUGAGAAUAUAUGAACUGCUUUAAAUCAUUUUCGGUUAGUCUGCUUAUUGCAUCGAUAGAAGCAGUACAUCUCCGAAAGAAUAUUCUUAUGAAGUCGUGGGUAUUUAUAUCUAUUCAACGCAGUCCUAAUUCUUCUUUCUUGCAUGUAACAUGGUAAUCUUAAUUGUUGACUCAUUAUACGCAAGGUAGAAUUAUGUUGAAUGUGCUUUAGACUUGAGUUUCAGUUAGGA